GGAACCGGUAGUGCUAGACUUGGGCCGCCAUCUUUGUCGUUAGGUAUCCAAAUACAAUCCUCUUCCAUCCGACGUUAGGAUUGCCUUUGGAUAGACUCUUAUUGCAUCUUCAAGAAGUAAAGUUAUUACAUAAUUGUUACAGGGAAUGGCAGAAACAGAAAAGUUGAAUGUCGAUAGUAUUAUUACCCGGCUUUUGGAAGUUCGAGGAUCUCGUCCAGGAAAGAAUGUACAAUUAACUGAAGCUGAAAUUCGAGGGUUGUGUUUGAAAUCAAGAGAAAUUUUUCUAAGUCAGCCCAUCCUUCUUGAACUAGAAGCUCCCCUCAAAAUCUGUGGAGAUAUUCACGGGCAAUAUUACGAUCUGCUUAGACUCUUCGAAUAUGGCGGCUUUCCUCCUGAAUCGAACUAUCUCUUCCUCGGAGAUUACGUCGACAGAGGCAAACAGUCUUUGGAAACCAUAUGUCUUCUCUUAGCUUACAAAAUCAAGUACCCGGAAAACUUUUUCCUUCUCCGUGGCAAUCACGAAUGCGCAAGUAUCAAUCGUAUCUACGGAUUCUACGACGAAUGCAAACGACGUUACAAUAUUAAAUUAUGGAAAACAUUUACCGAUUGUUUCAACUGUCUUCCUGUUGCUGCGAUCCUAGACGAAAAAAUUUUCUGUUGUCACGGAGGCUUAUCGCCCGACCUUCAGUCGAUGGAACAGAUUCGUCGAAUAAUGCGACCAACAGACGUACCCGAUCAAGGUCUUCUUUGUGAUUUACUGUGGUCUGAUCCUGACAAAGAUGUACAAGGUUGGGGAGAGAACGACAGAGGUGUUUCCUUUACAUUUGGACCAGAUAUUGUAGCAAAGUUCCUUCAUAAACAUGACUUAGAUCUUAUAUGCAGAGCACAUCAGGUUGUAGAAGAUGGAUAUGAAUUUUUUGCCAAACGACAGUUAGUAACAUUGUUCUCAGCUCCCAACUAUUGUGGAGAAUUUGAUAAUGCUGGUGCAAUGAUGAGUGUUGAUGAAACAUUGAUGUGCUCAUUCCAGAUUUUAAAACCAGCAGACAAGAAAAAGUUUCCUUACGGAGGACUAACAUCUGGUCGUCCUGUAACUCCACCUCGUGGUCAACAACAGAAAGCAAAGAAGAAAUAAGCAAAGACAUCUUAUCUGUGUAAUAUACUUAGAACAUGUUUUUGUUUGUACAUGGACAUUUGACACAUUACCUGCAAGAAUUCCACAUCCAUACUAUACGAAGAUAUGUACAAAACACAAUAAUAAUUAUUAGAUAAAUGAUGUAUGAUUGUCAAAUUUACAAACUCCAGAUAUCCCAUAGUGUUUGUAUUCUUGGAUAAGAGGAAUAAUGAUUAUCAUGUAUAUAUAAUAAUGUUACUGGGAACUCCACCAMAAGAAGGCUGUUUGGCAAUGACACUUUUAGAAAAAAAUGAUGAGUGAUUUUAUUUAACCCAGCAAAUGUGUCUUAAUAGGACUAUUACACAAUUGACAUUCUUCCUUCACUAUUUAGCACAAGCUAAAUUAAAAAAUUGUAAAGCUACUUUUCUGGGUUUAAUAAGAUUACUCAAAUAAAUUACUAUAACCAUUCUAAAUUCAUAUUUCUAAGAUUAUUCUUUUGUUAAUUUACAUCCUUGUGAAAACUUGCAUAGUUGUAGUAAUGAAGUGAUUGCAAAAUUGCAGUUUUUGAAUCUCAAUAUUUCACAACAACUUACUCUUGAAUAGUAAUGUUUGUUUUGUGAAUUCUUAGAGGGGGAGGGGAGAGUAGCACCUUUUGGGAAAAUCUUAUUUACCCAGUUAAAAUAGACAAUAGUGUGUUUCUGCUGUGAAAAGCAUUUUCAUUGCUUUCUUUCCGGUUUCUUUCAUUCAAGUGAAAUCACUUUAUCAAAACAUUAGUGAACUUCCACUAUUUUACCUAAGUAUAAAUUUAUAUUUGUUGUGGAUAUGUUACUGUAUUUCAUAAUUUUUUUUGCAUUUUCAUUUUGAUAAAGAUCGUGUAUGAACAAAAUAUUUCAACAGUAGGAAAUGUUGGAUUGGCAUGUUAAACUUGGUUUCCUUUUAKGGUCAAUAUUUUAAAAAUGUAUAUGGCACAAAAUUUGUAAUUUCAAAAACAGYAUUAACAUGAAGAGAAUAAUAGCUUGUGUAAGUUUAACUUUAUGCAGGUUUCACCUUUCGGAGCAGAGAAGGAAUGCUAAUAAUUUUUGAAAUUUUUAUGACACAAAAUAUCAGUGUUAUUUUCCAAGAGGAAACAUAAGUUGAGAAUAUCACUAUAUCAACUGUGUACAAUGAGYAUGAUGAUGGUUUUACAAACCUGAUUUCAAAGUCUUUAUUGCAGGAUUUACUAACCAAUCUCCUAUUCUCUUCAUAUUUUGAAAGUAUAAAUUUUAGUGUCAUCUGCACUUUAAGGAMAACAUCCCUUGUAAAUAUAACCAAAUCCUUAGGCCUAACUAGUGUUCUAAAUUAUUGUGAUUCGCCAAUUUAUGAAGUAUGCAUUUACUGUAGUUGUAAAACCUUUUUUUCUAAAUAGGAGUUUUCCAUUUCUUUUUCUUGUAUAAAGAAUGUGUUGUUAAAUGUACCGUUAUUUCUUCAUCAUUUCAAUAUUAUUAGUUGUCAAACAGCAAUUUCUUUAGAUAGAAAUACAUGUGCUUUUUUAUAGCCGCUUUUGCAUUUAUGAAUAUGAAAAGAAAUUACUGUUUAACAAAAUUAGUAUCCUUUAGUAGUAUUCCAAAGGGGUUUGAAACCAUUUGGAGGCCAGCUUAUAUGGCAAACUUCCAUUCCAUUCUUAUUAUAAUCUUAUUUUAUCAAUUAUUAUACUUCCUUUCUUUAAUUCUUCUGGCCAUAUUUGUACAGUCCCAUAUUAUGUAAAUGAAUAUCUGAAUCUAUUAAAGUUUUACCUUUGAA